AUGCCGCAGCUUGCUGGUCCAAGGCGGGAGACGAGCUCGAGGAAGCAUCCAUAUCUCUCGGGAAACUAUGCGCCCAUCAAGCAGACCCGACAGUUGACGCCGUGCAUCUACACCGGUUGCAUUCCCGAGGACCUCGUUGGAGGACAAUAUGUCCGCAACGGAGGCAAUCCCAUCACCAACGAAGAGCUUGGCCGUGAUGCCCAUUGGUUUGAUGGCGAUGGCAUGCUUGCUGGUGUGCUGUUCGAGCCCACUGAUCAUGGCCGAAUCCAGCCCAAGUUUGUUGCUCAGUUCAUCUUGACCGACGUGCUCUUGUCCACGCUGUCGAAUCCGGCAUUGAGAUUCCCCAUCCUGCCAAGCAUUGCGACGCUGGUCAGCCCGCUGUCUUCACUCUUGACCAUUCUACUGAGCAUUCUGAGAACUGUCUUGCUGGUCAUCCUCUCGCACUUGCCAGGCUCCCGCCAGGCCAUCAAGAAGAUUAGCGUCGCAAACACGGCAAUCUACUACCAUGACGGCCGCGCAUUGGCGACGUGUGAGAGUGGCCCGCCGAUCAGAGUCUCACUUCCUGACCUGAGCACCAUCGGCUGGUUCAAUGGUAGCUCGGCCGAGGGAGAGUCUGAGCGAAAGGUUGAUGAUGUCGGGUUUGGAGGAAAUGGGCUGCUGAGCUUCAUGAAAGAAUGGACCACCGGCCAUCCAAAAGUCGACCGGGUUACCGAUGAGAUGAUUCUAUAUCAUUGUACAUUCGCCCCUCCGUACAUCCAUUACUCGGUUCUCUCAGCGACGAAAGAUACCGCGCACGACGCACCAUCCUCCUCGAAAUUAAUCAAUAUGCCGGUUUCUGGGGUUUCGGGUGGCAAAAUGAUGCAUGAUUUUGGUGUUUCACGGAGACACACAAUCAUCAUGGACCUCCCUUUAACCUUGGAUCCUCUGAACCUCAUCAAGAACAAGCAAAUCGUAUCGUAUGACCCCUCGGCGCCCUCCCGGUUUGGAGUUUUCCCACGACGAAACCCAUCUAAUGUCCACUGGUUCGAAACGGCGGCGUGCUGCAUCUUCCACACGGCCAAUGCUUGGGACUCUGAGGAUAAAUUUGGAGACACCCGCUCAGUCAACCUUCUUGCCUGCAGGCUUACAUCAGCCGCACUUGUCUACAGUGCUGGUAACGUCCCAGUGCCCAAGGCUAAAAAAAGACCAUCAGAAAGAUGCGACAAACCGUCGUCUUACUUUGACAAACACGAUUUCGAUGGUACCGAUGCCACUGCUGGAAACAUCUCUUUGCCAGAGUCGAGCGGAUUUGACGCUGCACCAGCUCUUGAGUCGCCUCUUCAAGGGGCUGAGCCUCCGAUCCAACCGCUCAUGCAGAUGGAACCCCAACCAGAACCAGACUCAAUCUCUUCAUUGUUAGAUGAGGAAGAACAAUGUCGUCUAUAUUACUACUCGUUCAUUCUUCCCUCUCGGUCCUCACCCCAGCGAAUAGCAACACAACAUGCUCUCUCCGCUGUUCCUCUUGAGUUUCCCACCGUCAAUCCAGCUUACGCGAUGCGGUUCGCUCGUUACGUCUACGGUUGUAGCCUUAGUUCCUCGUCUUUUGGCGCCGCUCUCGGCAAGGCCGCCAAAAUUGAUGUUCUGGUCAAACUGGAUGUGCAGAUCCUUAUCGCACGUGGUCAACAGCGCCCUCCAUCUCCUGUCACCGGCUGCGUGGAUAGGCGGUCGGUAUCCGAAGUGCUGGCCCAGCAAGAUAAACUCGACGACCUGAGCGAUCCAGUACGGUGUUUCAAGAUGCCUAGCGGCUGGUAUGCACAGGAGGCACGCUUCGUGGCAAAGCGGGGAGCCCACACUGAGGAUGAAGGGUACUUACUCUUCUACGCGUUCGACGAGAAUCAACUAAGCGAAGAGGGCGAGGCUGGAACGGACGCUGUCAGCGAGCUCUGGAUCCUGGAUGCGAGAAGUAUGCAGGAUGUAGUCGCCAAGAUCAAGCUACCACAACGUGUUCCGUACGGGCUGCAUGGAGAGUGGUUCGACGAGAGUCAGAUCAGGGAUCAACGGCCUUUCGAGAAAGCUAGAAGUGUAGAUGGUGUGACGAAAGAUGCAGGCGUAGAAAAAGGCCUAUGGAGAGUAUGGAUGGGCGCAAGGAGGAAGAUGGAACGGUGCUUGGCGUGA